GCUAGCUAGCAACAAUCUAAAUAGAGAGCGAAUCGAGAGCGAGCCGGGAGUUCGAUUCCAAUCAAAGAACGCCACAUUUAUUUUGUUAAAAAACAAACUAGCACUAAUUAAAGAAAAAAAUGGGAAUCGAUUACUAUGGAAUGCUUGCCUUGACACGUUCGGCAAUAGAUGCAGACAUUAAAAAAGCAUACCGCAAGCUUGCUUUAAAAUAUCACCCAGACAGGAACCAAGAGACUAGUGCAUCAGAGAAAUUCAGACAAGUCUCAGAAGCGUAUGAUAUUCUCAGUGAUCCCAAGAAGAAAGCAGUCUAUGACCAAUUUGGUGAAGAAGGUUUGAAAAAUGGUGUACCUGCUGGUUCUAAUGAAGAUAGUGGAGCCUGGACGCAAGGCUACACAUUUCAUGGCGAUGCUAACAAAGUCUUCAUGGAUUUCUUUGGUGGAAACAACCCAUUCAGUGAAUUCCAUGAGGGUAUCGAUGGAGACUUGAGCAUGGGUUUUGGAGGUUUGUUAGGACGUGGUAGAAAGAAGCAGGAUCCUCCCAUUGAAAGAGACUUGGUUCUUUCUCUUGAAGAAAUAUUCCAUGGUUGCACUAAGAAAAUGAAGAUCUCUAGGAGGGUAAUGAAUGAGGAUGGUCACACAUCAAGUACAAGGGAUAAGAUUCUUACAAUUACUGUUCAUAAAGGCUGGAGAGAGGGAACACGUAUCACCUUUCCUAAGGAAGCUGAUCAGGGACCCAAUAUUGUACCUGCGGAUAUCAUCUUUAUUGUCAGAGAUAAACCUCAUCCUCGAUUCAAGCGUGAAGGUGAUGAUCUAGUCUAUGUCUCCAGGGUUCUUCUUGGAAAAGCUCUGACUGGAUGCAGUGUAGAAGUACCAACCCUGGAUGGGAGGUUGCUGAAUGUUCCCAUCAAUGACAUUAUUAGCCCUGGUUACAGGAAGGUUGUUCCUGGAGAAGGGAUGCCAAUCUCAAAGAACCCUGAACUGAAAGGCAAUCUCAUCAUCACUUUUGAUAUUGAAUUUCCACGGCAACUGACUCCAGGCAAGAAACAGCUCAUUAAAGAUGCUCUCUUAUAAUUGGACCUACACACAAGAUUCUGACAGUCCAAGAAAUUCUGGAAGAUAAAAUGACUCUAUUAAAGUAAAACUUAGCUUUGCAUCAAAGGAAAGUGUCAUAUGUUAAUUUAGAGUCAGGAAGUCUUUAACUUUGUAAAAAAAAGAGAAAUGAAAAGUCAUCUUCUGGCUUACAUUACAAUUGCAUUUAGACAUUACAAUAGUUAGAUUUCAGAUCAGAUCGUAUGAUGACAUCAUGUACUGAUCCUAUGGGAAAUUGGAAUAUCAGUAGUUAAAAUGUUAAUCAUGAUCACUCCUAUUGUUCAAUUAUAUGGCUAACAAUAUUACUUUCUCUCAUACCAGUCUGCUCCUCUGUAUUUUUAAGCAAUUUGGUAAGCAAAGUUUUUAAGUGUGAAAACCAACCUAGGUUGAUGAAUUUGCCCAACUGCUGGUUUUAAUGAUAAUCUCAAUGGCACAUCCCACCCUCCUUAAUGUUUGUCAACUUUCAAUAUUUGAAAGAAAAAAAACGUCUCCCCAUUUAUUUAUUUUUUUUAAAGCUUUGAUUUUUAUCUUAGGAAAUUAUUAGGACUGACUAUGCUAGUGUCUCAUUGUCAUCUGACUAGUAUUUGAAUUCUAAGAAAAAUGAUUUCUGCUUUGUUUUUUUAUGUAUAUGGAUUUCUUGAUAAUGGGAUGAAUAAUGAAAUGAUUUGAUUUCAUCUCAAACAACUGGCAAAGAAUGAAAAAAUCAUAAUAUAAUUAAAUAAUCAAACAGAUCAGUUGUCAAACAUCAUUUCCCAUUUGAAAAAUUUGCUGGUGCAGCAUAAGCAUCCAAUAUUUAUUUAUAUUCGGUUGACUGAAGUUUUAGAAGAGAACACUUGAUACUUUAUUCACCAACAAGAUGUAACAUAUCCUGGUAAAUAAAGUAACAUUGUAUAUUUUGUAAAUACAAAUACAUAUGUAAAUUCUUGUAAAUAAAAUGUUGAAAUAAUUA